UGUGUCUGUAUGGGAGUGAAAGUGUUGGUCAGUGAUGGAGUUGCUACCAUGACAACCCUGGAAGUCGGUGCCUGUGCGAGUCGGAGAUGUUCCUGGGAGGAAGGAGAUGCUGAAACUAGGGGAAGCAGCUGAGUUUGGUGUGGCUCCGGCGAAGCGCUCACAUCCUUGGCCAGUGGCUUCCUCUUUCUGAGCCGGGGGAAGGAGUGGGAGUUCCCGCAGCUCCCACACCCGGGCUUCUCCUCCAAGGCUUCCCCCUCUCUUCUCUGCUGGAAGGCUUCUUUUUGCUCCUAGGGUUCGGAAUUAACAUCGUUCGCUGAGCUGGGUGACUGGACUGGAUCCAGGGGCUGGAUUUGGUUUGAGGAAAUUUACAGGAUCGGGGUCAACCUUAGGAACCAAUUGCAAAUCCCUGCUGUGAACUUUUUUUUUUUUUUUAAUCUACCCUGUGUCAAAGAAUCUGAGUGUGAAUUGGUGUUUUUAAAAAAUAUAUAUAUAAAUACACACACACACAUAUAUAUACAUAUAUAUGUGUACGUAAUUUACAUAUGUCUGAGCUAAUAAAACUCUUUUCUCUUCUUCCAAAAAAGCAGCUUUUUAAAUGACCUCUCCUUCAUGUCGGAGGCACUUUUUUGGGUUAUAAACUUUUGAUGCCAGACCUCUGCAGCGCGUGCCCAACUGAAUCUUAAAGUAGCAUCUUGAAGAGAGAGGGAGAGAAAGAAAGAUCUGUGACCUUCAUCCCUGCACCUUCCUUCUUCUUCUCCCUUUUGGUCUGCUUCCUUCUUCACCCAAGGAACGUGGGGGGAGCGCGCACUUUGGACGGUGUUGGGGGAAUUCGUUUCUCCGAUGGUGGAAAGCUGAGGCUGGAUUUUGGGGGAGGAUCAUUAGACUUGGAGGAGCCCGGGCUCUUUCUCUCUCCCGCCCCCAACCCUCCCCCCUUUUUGCUCCUGGAUCGCUCCGUCCCCUUCCUCUCCCCCCGCCCGCUUCCUGUGCCCGGCUGGGGGGCGCCUGCGGUGCCGCUGCUCCAGUUCAGGGAAGUUGUGGCUGUCGAGGAUGGGGGUCGGUGGGUACUUGCUGCUGCCCUGGAGGUUCCUCGUGGUCCUGUCCCUUAGGCUGCUGUUCCUUCUGCCCACAGGAGUGCCAGUGCGCAGCGGAGAUGCCACCUUUCCCAAAGCUAUGGACAACGUGACGGUCAGGCAAGGGGAGAGCGCCACUCUCAGGUGUACUGUAGAUGCCCGGGUUACAAGGGUAGCCUGGCUAAACCGCAGCACGAUUCUCUAUGCUGGAAAUGACAAGUGGUCCAUAGACCCUCGUGUGGUCAUCGUGGCCAACACAAAAACCCAGUACAGCAUCAUGAUCCAAGAUGUGGAUGUAUAUGAUGAAGGCCCAUACACCUGCUCUGUACAGACGGACAAUCAUCCGAAAACCUCUAGGGUCCAUCUCAUAGUACAAGUUCCUCCCCAGAUUAUGAACAUCUCCUCAGACAUCACUGUGAAUGAGGGAAGUAGUGUGACCCUCCUGUGUCUUGCUAUUGGCAGACCGGAGCCCACCGUGACAUGGAGACACUUGUCAGUGAAGGAAGGUCAAGGCUUUGUGAGUGAGGAUGAGUAUCUGGAGAUCUCUGGCAUUACCCGGGACCAGUCUGGGGAAUACGAAUGCAGCGCCUUGAAUGAUGUUGCUGCCCCAGAUGUGCGGAAAGUAAAAAUCACCGUGAACUAUCCUCCCUAUAUCUCGAAUGCCAAGAACACCGGCGUGUCACUGGGUCAGAAAGGCAUUCUCAGAUGUGAAGCUUCUGCUGUCCCUCUGGCUGAAUUCCAGUGGUUCAAGGAGGAAACCAGGUUAGCCACUGGCCUGGAUGGAGUAAGAAUCGAGAAUAAAGGUCGCAUGUCCACACUGACUUUCUUCAAUGUUUCAGAAAAGGAUUAUGGGAACUACACUUGUGUGGCAACAAACAAGCUUGGGAAUACAAAUGCCAGCAUUACAUUGUAUGGGCCUGGAGCAGUCAUUGAUGGGGUAAACUCUGCCUCCAGAGCACUGGCAUGUCUCUGGCUAUCGGGGACCCUCUUUGUCCACUUCUUCAUCAAGUUUUGAUGAGAAAUCCUAGGGUCCUCUGAGCGACGCCUGGCUUCUCCAUACCACAGACUUUACUCUUCUACACUGCGGAGGGCAAACCAGUUUUGUUUUGUUUUUGUUUUUCAGCUUGAAUGAGUGGGGAUGGGGGGAGGGGGUGGGGAGGGUUCUGCAAUGUGUAGGAUAAUCAAUCAUGGGUGUGUUCAAAGAUUGAAUCUGUUUCUUCUCCCUUAGCCCUGCCUUCUCUUCUGCCCCUCUCCUCAUUGUCUUCCCCAUUACUUCUGUUUUGGCAAAAAGUCUGUUUCAGUUGAACCCAUAAAUGCCCCAGAGAUGCACCUUGGUUCAUGAAAUAGUGCACAAAAAGAAUUACAUCAGAGAAUCCUAGUGUCUAUGUCUCUUAAGCUAACAAAUCAGCCUUUUUGUUAUGCUGUACAAAUGACUCCAUGUUAUGUGUUUGAUGACAUUGGGUUUGUCUCUCCCAUCAGGGUGGAUUUUUAAUAUAUAUACACAUAUAUACACACACACACAUAUAUAUAUUAUUCUACCACCUCUUCUUGGCACUGUACUCUACCCAUCACCUCAAAUACCUGCAGCAUAUAGAGGUGUGGGGCCAAGGGGGUUGUGAAACCCACUUAAAGUGGAAGCACAUCUGAUAAAAGAAAGAAAAAAUCUCCAGAGUAUGGGAAACUGGAGCUGAGUGGAUGGGAAGAGAAGAGGUUGGGGGAUUGAGUUUCUUUUUUAAAAAAUUCUUGGCUGGUCGAUUUAAAAAAAAAAGAAAAAGAAAAAGGAUAAAUAGGUGGCUGAUUCAUUGGAUCUUAUCUAGCUAUCAAUCAGAGCAAUCCUAUGACUAUCCAUCUACUCAACUUGUCUGGUCUAUCCAUCCAUCCAAUUAUCUACCCACCUGUCUUUCUCUCUAACAAUCUAUUUACUCUAUUUAUCAAUUUAUCAAUGUAAUUAUCUACAUUUCUCUCCAAGUCUCUCCCUCUCUACUCUUACUCAUCUAUCACUAUAAUAAUCUCUAAUCACCUAGUGUCUAUCUUUCUCCUCAUUUCUUUCUCAAAUCAACCUCUCCUAAAAAAUUUGUGUUUUCCUAAUUACAUAUCAACCUUACGCAUGAAAGCCGAUUUUUCUCAGAUUAACCAGAAAGAUAAGCAAUAGCCAAUCACAUGGAGAUUUGAGAAUAUGGUGUCCCAUUCACCAAAAGUAGGUUAUGAUAAUUCAUGAGUUCUAUUAGGAAUCCAUUGCUUACUACCCACUAAUGCAUUCUCUUCUCUAGACACAGAUGAGUCCCAUGUGUACCUUAACUAACUAGCAUGAUGUUUUCCUUUGGGAUUUGAAUGACCAAGAUGCCAGUCAUCAGAAAUACGUGUGUUUUUCUGUCUUUCGAGGAAGCAAACAUGAUCUUAUUUGACUAAAUUCAGGGUAUAUAUAUUCCCUAUCAAAAGAAAAAAAAAAAAACCUAUAUGUACAAAACACUGGUUUCCUGCUAGUGAGCAUAUUAUUCAACCAGACUGAGAUUCAGCACCUCAGUGAGGGUCUCCGAUCUGCUCUAGUCUGGGUCUGGCCUGUUUGAAAACUAUCCAGUUAAAAGCUCAUAGAGUCCAAUUACAGGGCUGGUGUGUUGACAGCGCUCGUAUUUGUCUCGGAAGCUCUUCUGAGCAGAGGGCACUUGAGCGACUGACUUAAUUUCCAAGCACUUGAUUAACCCAACACUGUAAACAGAGGGGGAAAAUAUGUGUCAGACAUGUUUCCUCUUUUCAUGGGACUUAUCCCCACAGUGGCUUUGAGGAAGUCUAGCACCAUCUUCCUUUUCUCUAUAUUGUAGCUAGCUGAGAAGAACUUUCAUGUCUGUACUUUCUUGGGGCAUCUCCUGGGGCAAUCAGGAAUUGGCCAUCCUCUGUGCCAGUGGACCAAAAAGGAUUGCAAUAAAAAUGACCCUGGGUUAGAUCUCUCCUUACAUAUUUAGGGUACCACCAAGAGGGACAUGCAAAUUGCCAUGAUUGGUAUGCAUAUAAUGCCAGCAGCCUAACUGGGUUGGGAGGGUGGGGGAUGGGCUGCUCUAAAAGCAUACAUCAAAUGCUCUUAACGUUGAAAAUUUAUUCUCCUUUCCCCACCAUCUCAAGCUGCCUCUUUAGUUUUGUCUGUCUCAGCUCCUGGACAUGAUACACAAAGUGAGAAAAUCCAUCCAUGUAUCUUCCACCUGCUUAGGUGCUUUCGGCACUCUAGAGAAGGUCAAUUGCUGUGAAUGGAAUUUUAGUCCUCUCAAAUAACAAGAAAAAGACAACUGCCAGGAGACAGAUUCCAGGAACCCGUGAGAUUUGCCAACAUUUCUCUAUCUAUUCUAAAUUCCCAGGAACAAUCUAGUGAGCAGGUAUGAGGUUAGAACUGAAGGUCAGUCAUAAGCAUUUCAAUUGCUUGAUACAGACUCCUGAAUAAGUAAGGUCACAGUAAGACAUGUCCUAUUCAGAAUAUCUGAAUGCCAUAUUGAUAAACUAGAGGCAUUGCUCAGGAGCAAAGCAUAUAUAUUGGGAGUAAGACAAGAUGAGAGAUGUUGUCCUGGUUAGCAAAAUUCCUGAAUGUCCAAGCUGCAUGUUUUCUAUUGGACUUUCAUCUUUCCUUCUAAAAGAAGGAUUCCCUAGUCCUCAGUGAGGGAGUACUUAAAGCAUUACUAGAAAUAUGAUCUACAAUGAUUAUUUCCAUGCCUUCUCCCUUUUACCACUUGAUGGCCUGCCCUCUUGCUACACUUAAAUUAAGGAUCCGUAAUAUUAUCUUUGUGAAUUCUCCUUCCAAUAAUGUGAAUCAUAUCCCAUCCAUUCCUUGGUGGGUAGUCUUAUGAAUUGCUGUGGCUGAAAGAAAAUUUAUCACCUGGUUUCCACUUCCUAGUGAUAUUAUUAGCCAAAACAUAGAACCACAGUAAACACUCCUUUCCAUCCCAGGCACUGGGGAGUGGGGGGUACAGAAAGUCAGGAAACCCAGCAACACUCUUUCGAUUUUUUUUUUAUCACCAUCAUCCAUAGGAGAAGAGGUAUGGGAGGCUGGUGAGAUGGACCACUGGGAAAGACAAUGAAGUUUCUUCUAGGAGAUUCUUUCAUGGUUUUCUGCUUUGUUAAUUUAAUUUUGGUGGUGAUGAUACUUUUAGACAAUAGAAAUUUCAAAAGAUAAGACAUAGAGGAUCAAUGCUCUGCUUGCCAUUUUUUUUUCAUUAAUAGAGCAUUUUACUGCUUCUGUGUGGCUUUUAGUUCUGCAGGGAGAAUCCUUAAGCCUUUUUGGGCAGACUUGGCCCAAGUUUGCAAAUGGAAGAGCAAGGGUUUGCAGAUUGAUACUAAUGCAAGUUUUUGACCAGCUAAUAGCCCCUUCCCAUUUUGUCAACUAGGAGACAAAAACAACAAAUAAUGCAGAUAAGGCCAAGUGGAAUUCAGCAAUGAAUCUAAGAAGCUCUCAUUCCCCUUUCCCAAAGCAAAGUUUAACACUUCCACCAAAGUAAUGUCAAUGAAAGUGCUCGUGGUAAGGCUAAUGCCAAGCUUGUUCUUCUGUAGUUUAAUGUCAAGUGCCUGAUACAGUCAUCUGCAAGUCUAAAUGUGUUUUCUUUUUCUGGGUUUUCUUUUUUGGGGGGAGGGGGGAUCCUAGAAACAUGCACAUAUUUUAAGCUUAGAGUAUUGGGCAUUAUUGCUCUGAUUUAUUAGUUCAUCUAAACAAAGGGAAAUGACAGACUUUAGUACCUGAAAGAUGCCUAAGUCUCUUCCCCUGCAGUCCAGCCCAGGCCUACCUUGGAGGACAGCUCUCCUUGGCUUGGGGGGUAGUUUUGUCUCAGGAGCUGACCAGCAUUGAACUGUGGGUGAGAAGCAUGCUCCAGGACUCUAGGCAAAGUAGAGGCAAAUCAGAUAUAGAAAGGCCCGUUUCAGGACCUAUCCAGUUAUCUUGUUCUCCACCUACAGGAGGUUAGCCUACUACACCUGAGGUCAAAAGAAAUUCCUAACUGGAGAAGAGCAGAGAACACCAAGGAAUCCAGCUAACCCCCUGGGGAGCACAGAAUUGUCACUGCAUCAAGAGUCUUUAUAUACAAAAUAUAAAAGAAAGGAGUGAUACUCCCAGCUGAAAUGUCUUCUCUUCUGCAGCUGUUGUGUGGCCCUUGCCAACAUUAUCACAGGAAGGAGGGGGAGGAGUGGUUGAGGGUGGGGAAAAGCAUCUUCCCCAAUUUGAUACUGAGCUGUCACCAGGGAGAAACUGGCUUUUAAAUAGCUGAAACCAGCCAAACAAAAAUGAAUCUCCAUAUCUUUAUAUAUAAUCAGAGGAAGCAGCUAUAAGUUUUGCUUUUUGAUGAAAUACAUUUUCCCUUCCUUUGUUUUUGUUCUUUGCAUAGCUCUUAGUUCUGGGAUCAUUCCAGUUUCAUUGACCAUAAGCCACUCACCUCCCACCCAACUUGUCUGCCAUUUACUGCUGCCUUUCCUCCAGCUUUUCCUCCAAGACACAUAAAUUGGAGGAAAAGCUGGAAAACUUCAUAGGUAUGUGGUUUAGAAGGCAAUGUUUUCUGACAUAGACCACAUAAUAAGAAGUCUUAAUGAUCACUAAAAACAAACAAAUGAGCAAAAAAGAAAAAAAGCCAGUCUCAUUUCCCACAUUGCUUGCUGAAAAGAAGAGAAGUAAAUGAAGGGAGAAAGAAUUACAUUUGCAGUUUAAAAAUGGGGCAAAAAGAUAUUGAAGCAGUUCAGGAUGGCUUUCAGGUGCAAAAUAUCUAGAAUCUCAAGUAAAGUGAAGUGGACUUAAUCAGACACAAUUGUUUCCAUCCCCAAAGUAAUAGUUGACUAUGCUCAAUUCUUUUGGGGCUUUUUAAAAGGACUUCUGUUUAAAUGACUUCUCUUUAUUGAGCUCCAGCAUUGUUCAGAUAGCUGUCAAUAGCCCUAGGAGAAGAAGGUAGACUUAUAACCCCCUUAGAGUUCUCUUGAGCCACUGUCAACAUUAUUUAGCAGAAGUAGAGUUGAUGACAAUGGUGAUAAAAAUGAUCAUGCUGAAAUAGGGAAUCGCUGCCCAUUGUAUCACUCAUGGGGAGCAUUUUUAAUCAUUCAAAAAAUUUUGUGACAUGUCAAGUGCAGUUGUGAGGAAUGUGUGGGUGUAUGAAAAUGUAUCUGUUCAGUACCGAGUCCUUCUUUAGGUUUUAACAAAGUUCUCUAUGACUUAUCAAUGGUGCAGUUCUAGCUGUCAGAAUAUGGGUGUGCACAUUCUCACAAUUAUCCUUAAAAACAAAUCUAUGUUCAAAUGCUUUAAAAAUUUAUCAAACAGAAAUAAGAAUAUAACUUUGUCAGCCUUUUAGGGUUAUUUUGAUUUAGUUUAUUUUUUAUUUUAAUUUUUCUGUUUUUUUUAAUUUCAAAAAAACAAUGAAGUCAUUUUUUGGUCAAUAAUUGUAUUAAGGGUGAAUAUACUACCUGAAUUUUUGUGCAUGUUACAUUGUAGUUGUAACCUUUUCUAAUUCAGGAUGAAUAAGAGAUGGUUGUGAUUGUGCAGUGUAUCAAUAAAGUUCAAAGAAAUUUGUA